GUCAUACUCAAAUUUAAAUACUACUUAUUUUAUCGUACUUCAUUUAAAAUGUGUACUUUCAUUAAACCUCGUAGCACAUUCAUUGCUUGCUUAAAAAACGUCAGAACAGUUUACGGUAGCUGUAGAACUGGAACUAGAGAGAUCGUAGGACACGGUAUAAACGGUUGCGCGAAUUAUAAAGACGAUGUCCAUUUUCCCUUUCCUGCAGUGAGGUUUAAGGAAAUGACUAGAGAUAUUUGUGCACUCAAAGAAAAAGAGAAAGGAGAUUGGCGCAUGCUCUGCUGUGAAGAAAAAAAGGCACUGUAUCGCGCCUCUUUUUGUCAAACUUUCGCAGAAUUUCAAGCACCAACAGGCCUGUGGAAACUUAUAUUUGGUUAUGUGUUUUUUAUAACCUCGUUCUCCUUCUGGGCUAUCAUGUUCUGCCAUCAUUAUGUAUUUGAGCCGCUUCCGACUUCGUUCUCGAAGGAAUCACAGAAAGCACAGUUGCGAAGAAUGCUAGAACUAAGAGUUAAUCCAAUCGAUGGCCUCUCAUCCCACUGGGACUACGAUAACGAUAAAUGGAAGGAUUAAAAAUCUUACUCGGGGACGAUGAU